AUGAUCCACAUUGCAGGCCUGAGGAGGAUGGUCGAGCUGCGCGGCGGACUCGACCAGCUCCAGCAAAAUCCGCCGCUGCUCAUGAAGAUCUGCAAGAUGGACCUGGUCUAUGCGCUCCCGUACGGCGGACAGACGGCUUUUUCCCGAGAUAACCUAGCCGAGGUCCGGCAGACACUGCGUAGUCAGGGCUGUGUGAUGGACGACUUUGGCGUCGCCACUCUGAGCGACGUGUCACACGGGAGCGUGCUCGACUGCGACUUGGUCACACAGCGUCUGAAAGACACGCUCGCUCGGACGAUCCAUGAUGAGGCGUGCGAAUCGCGAUUCUGGCUGAUGAUGAUGGGGGCUAUCUGGACUUGGCGCGACGAUCAAGUCGCCGCGUGGCUGCGGCCCGUGCUCUCCUAG